GUGACCAUUGUGGUUAUUAAUAUAGUCGCCUUAUAGUGAAAAAUUACGUAAGCGCCAUUUAUUUAUUUAGCAUGGAUGAAGUGAAGCAGUUCACGCGGGGGGACGUGGCGACCUGCACGGGCCGAGGAGGCGGCCCGCUGUGGAUCAUCAUACGGGACUCUGUCUAUGACGUCACCAGCUACGUCAACGAGCACCCCGGCGGCGUCGACGCGCUGCAGGACCGCGCCGGCAGAGAUGGCACCACGGACUUCAAUGACGUAGGCCACAGCUCCGACGCCAAGGCCAUCCUCGCCAAGUACAAGAUCGGAGAGCUGGUCGAGGAGGAUAAACACUACGAUGCUAAUGGCAAGAAAAAAAAGCGGGUGGUAGCCGCCCAGCCCGAAGGAGACUCCAGGGGUUGUUUGAACAUCGUCACAUGCGGUCUAUUAGGUAUGGGUGACGUGAAGCAGUUCACGCGGGCAGACGUGGCGACAUGCACUGGUAAAAAUGGAAGCCCACUGUGGAUGAUCAUCAAGGACUCCGUGUAUGAUGUCACUGACUACCCAAAUGAGCACCCUGGCGGCCCAGACACGGUUGUGAAAUCCGGCGGGAAAGACGCCACUAAAGACUUCCGCGGCCACAGCUCUGACGCCAAGAUCAUCCUCGCCAAGUACAAGAUCGGAGAGCUGAUCGAGGAGGAAAAACACUACGAUGCCAAUGGUAAAAAGAAAAAAAAUGUUGUGGCUGCUCAGCCCGAGGGUGGUUCUAGGAGUUGUAUGAGCAUCGUCACAUGCGGUCUAGCAGGGUAGACAGUGAGCACUGAACAGGCCUAACAUGACAAAACCCACGGGGACAGUGAAGAGUUGGAAAUCUCAUAAGUUAGGUAUAUUAUGAUCCAAACUUAAGUAACUACUGUUAUAAAUAUAAAAGUAACUAGUUCUGUAACCUUCCUAGGGAUAUAUUACUACAAACAUGUAGAAAAUGUAUGGAGAAAAACUGUAUAUGUAUGGUAAAAUUGAUGUGUCAUUUUGAUAUUAACCUCACGACGCUCUAACCCGGAACGUGUUAAGGGAUAUUAUGCAUUAAUCAAAUGAAAUCAAAUCUUACACUAAACAGAACUUAAUUUUGACAAUCAGACAUAGCACAUGAAUACAUUACAACUUGGGCCUCCUGAUAAUCCUGAUUGUAAUGUAAUUUACGGAGAAAAAAUAAAUAAAAAUAAAG